AUGAUAGUGAAAGCUAUUGGGGAAGACGACAACUUUUUGGAAGCAGCAUACCGAGCGAUAUCACCAGAGGUGUUGGCUUUGCAGAGCAAGCCGAUUAAUCCCCAAGAGCUACAAAAAGUUCGCUCGAUACAAGCCUCGAUUCUCACAACCUGGGAUGACCCUCAUGCAGGGUAUCUUGAUUUCGUGACGCACAUUCGUGAGCACGAAUAUCUACGGCUUUACGCCGGCCAGGCCGGUCUCCGCAAAGUACGGCUGUUCCAACACAAUAACGCGAUCAAGAAAAAAUCGGGGCACAGUUUACACUACUGGGUCAUCCAACGUGGUGGGGGAAUGAGAGUCGCCAAUUUAUUCGGCUUCAGAAGAUUACUUUUCCGCUAG